GUACUUCACGUUAAUUCUGUGUCCAGUUUAGCUGCAGAGCGACAACUACCUGGGCCAUGUGAGCAGGUAAGGUUAAAGUAAGAGGUCUAAACUGGCAUUUGACUAACAAAGACAAAAGCCAAACGAUACGACAUCAUAUUUAAUGAUUAAAAUAAUUAAGUUUUGCGCUUAUGGGGUAAACGUGCUAUAAAAUUAAAAGGUUUUCAGCUUGUAAUCAUUGCAGUGAAAUAAGUCUUCAAGCAUUGUUUUUAUCUUCUUAUUUUUUACACGAUUGUUGUCUGUCUUUGCUCAUUUUUCACAUGUGCCGCACACAUUAUGUGAGGUGAAUUGGUAAAAACCAUCCAUCGAGCUUUUUUCACUAUUCCUUAGUAAAACAUGUACAGUGUAUGUGGUGCCAGUAAGGCCUGUUUCAAACGUCGUGCUACUGCCGUGCUAAGCUGGGUCGACUGUAGCUCGACUGCAGCACAACACUAGCAUGACUUGGUUUCAGAUGUCGAAGUUAAUUCAAUUGAAUAGACCGGCUGUUGCUGAAAACACAACACAAAAAUAAAGAAACGGUUUAGCAAACUUUUAAAUGUAUUGUAAUGUAUUUAUAAUUUAUGAACUGAGUUCGGCACGGCGGUAGCAUGACGUGUAAAACCAAGUCAAGCUACUGCCGUGUAGCACGGCAAGGCUUGCUGUGCUACACGGCAGUAGCACGACUUGGUUUCAAACGUCACGCUACUGCCGUGCUUAAGUCGAAUUAAAUUCAUACAAUUGAGUUCGGCACAGCAGUAGCGCGACGUUUGAAAUGGACCUAAUUGUGCUCACAUUUAAGCAGGUUUAUUUUUAGAGAAAAUAUCUUUGAGCUUCAUGAGAGAGCUUAUGGGGCGAAGUUUAGGUCGGGAAAUUUGUUAGGAAAUGGAAAUAAAAAUCGAUGAAACUUACCUUCUGGCGAGUUGUUGUUGUCCUUUAUAUGCACACAAAGUUUCGGAAAAAAUAGUCUCCAUCUUUCCUACAUAGUAUAGUGACAAGGUAGGAGGCUGACGGCAGCGCUGGGGCUCUGAUCGACCCCAAACCAGCAUGAUUUUUUUCGCAAAAAUUGAAUCCAGUUGCUAAUUAAACAUGCCAGGCUCGGGGAACAUGAAUUUCUGUAAACCCUGACUCCAGCUAGCAACGCAAAGCCAGUAGUUUCUGUAGAACUUAUAUGUUUACCUAUUAAAAUGACAGCCGGAAGCCGUUAGGAUCACGACUGGUCCAACUGAGCUUGGGAUACUUGGUGACGAGUAUAAUGAGUCCUCAUGGAGGGAAGGGAGUACCACUCACCGUCCGACUGCACCCUUCCCUCCACUGGGACUUAUUAUACUUGUCACCACGCACCUUGAGCUCAGUGCCAUUUUUGAAUUGGACCAGUUGUCAACUGGAUUCGAUUUUCACGAAAUAAAUCGUGCUUGUUUGGGGUUGAUCGGUGUCCCAACGCUGUUGUCAGCCUCCUACCUUGUCACUAUACUCUGUAGGAAAGAUGAAGGAGACUAUUUUUCCCGAAACUUCAUGUGCAUAUAAAGGACAACAACAACUCGUCGUUUCGUUGAUUUUUAUUUUCAUUUUCUAACAAAUCUCUAGACCUAAACUUUGCCCUGUAUGUUCUCUAUAUUUACUCAUGCUAUAUGAAACCCGUAUGUGACACAAAUAGUGAGCCUGGAUUACCUGUGGUUCCACUGUGCAAUUAUCCUCAUUAAAUUAUUAAUCCUUUAAUUUUGCUCAAAAUACUUACAGGUAUGACUUAUUAUAGACAACAACAUAGUUAGAACCACAUUAUUCUGUACAGAUGAAAAAGCACUGUGUUACCUUUGUGCAAGUAAUAUUAUUAAGAGGGGGUUAAGUAAAAAUUGAAAUUUUCUUGUCCACUGGACAAGUGGAUUUUGUUUUUUUUCCUUCCCUGGAUAAGCAACUUUCAAACAAUUAACAGUAUCAUUUUUAGCGACAAAUCAGUCAGCUACAGUAAUUCUCUUGAUAAACAGAACAAAUGCAAUACAGAAAGCUGAGUUGCCUUAAAACGUAUUAUAUUAUUAUAGUACUGUAAGUCAUUGUAACUUACUACUUCAGUGUAAGUAGAAGUUAUCGUCUGGUAGUAAAACACAUUUAAUUUUCCAGAAAAAUGUCUGUGCAUGGCAAAUUGAACAUGAAGCACUCAUUCUAAUUCUCAGAGGCCACCUGGGGGCAUGAAAACCUGAACCCAAAGCUUGCCUUAAUUAUCUGAACAGGUAGGUAACAAUGCAACCCCCCCCCCAACAAGUAGGCGGGGAAUCAAACGGCUAGGGAUUUCUUUUGGUUCUAUUUUUCUUCUAUUUUCCAAUAAAAGUAGCCGGGGGCCACUCUCUUAGUAGCCGGGGAAAAUCCCCGACCCCCGGCUCUUAAUGACAACCCUGAUGCAUGAUGCAAAUGUUUUAAAACCAUUCACUCUUUAAUAAACAGUGAAAUACAUGUAAACCAGUUUAUGUGUAUGUUGUGGUUAAUUUUUUAUAUUUCUCAGGUACAUUUUGUUUUUCUUUUCUUUUUGGGUAUGGUAAUGUUGCUAAUGAAACUGAAAAAUAAAAAUUACCUGAGAUAAAAAAAUAACUACCACAUAUGCAUGUAUAUCUGUAGGAACCUUGCAAGAAGCCAUCACCCAAGACACCACAUACACUAAAGCAGUCAGUAAAAUACUGAACACAUGUACUAUUGUGCAGUUUCAGAAAAAAUAUCCAUACCCCCACGGAGGGAACUUUUACUUUAGACCCCCCACCCUGCCUGGAAUUUACACUACGUAGGGGCUGCUUGUUAUAGUCCCCCACCCCCUGGAAUUUGGUUGAGUGCCCUCUGGGAAGUAUAUUUGAGCCAAAAAGGUUGUAUUUGUUGCACUAUGUUUUAUUGUGUGGUUCCAGAAAAUAUCCAUACCCCCCCCCCCCCACGGAGGGGGGAAUGAACUUGAAAAGUACGUUUUACACAUGAAAUUAAAAAAAGUUAAAAAAAAAAACUGUAAGGCGUGAAUUUUACUAUCAUUUACAAACUACAGAGAUAAAGCGUAUAACUUUAUUGAAGUAUUCCUGUUGAAAGACGAACUUAAGUUUUUAAAAAACAUGUUGCGUGACGGAUUAUGAUUCCCGCUGAUAAGCGAAGUCACUUCACGGCUCCACACAGGAAAACAACAUUUGUUAGCAGUACUGUUCGCACAUUAUACUACAUGUAGAUAAAAUUACACCUGCAAAGUACAAAAAAUAUCAUGGAGAUUAGCAGCGAGUCAAUUCCUGAGUUUUGCUUUGACAGCAAAAACAAGAAUGAUGUAAUAUUAUAGUCAUUUCGUGUUUAAAGUAAUUCGAUACGUUGUUUCGUGUAUGCAUAAAUUACAAACUUCGACUAGGUUACAAAACGUUGAUGAUACCGUCAACUUUCAGUACUUUCUUAGAUAUUUUUUGAAUGAAAUCUUCUGUCAAUGAAGCAGACGAAAGGUCAGCUGCCAGAACUAUAGUGUUAAUAAGCUCAGUUGUUAGAGUUUGAACAUUUCAAAAUAGAGGAAGCGAGAGGCGUCUAUUCAUAAUGCUCUAGAUUUUCCACGGUCAUUUUUAAGAAAAUUAAAUCUCAUAGCCUCCUCCAGCAAUUUUGUACCUUACCUAGCGAAUAUCUCCAUAAAUAAUGUUCCAUGAAAUAGCAAGUGUGGUAUGGCCAAAUCGCUUACGUGAAAAUUAUGCCGCUUUACGCCUUCAUCUGAAUUGUAACUAUAAUCGGUUGCGGCUAAAUUUUAUUUCGCACUAAGUAGACCAAAAUAAAUCAAUGAAGUCUUUUUAUUUGUGGAUUUGGAAUUUCCUAGGGGUAGAGGCGACCAAGUGAAAAAAUCAUGGAAAUUCCAGGGGGUAGGGGGGAGCAACCUGAAGCCCUCUGGAACGGAAAAUCCGGGGGGGUGGGGGCUCAAACUGUAAACAACCCUCCGUGGGGGGGUAUGGAUAUUUUCUGGAACUACACAUUAUGCAAAAGAUAAUUAAUUUUUUUUCUGCGAGAAAAUGCAAAAAGAUCAUAUCAUUCAUGUUAAUAAGGUGGCUAAUAAUCUCAAGGACGUCCUUACCUAAUGAUAUACCAUACUGGUGAUACCUUAUACUACGAACUACACGAAAAAUGUCAUUUACAAAAGAACCAGUUACAUUCAAACUAAACACCAGGUGAAGUUUCAUUACUUCAUUGUGGUUAGAACAUGUUGCAAAAAGGCUUAGAACACAACCAAAUUACGGUGAAUCAAUUGUGUAAUAAAGCAACACCUAGCUUACGAGCAUGCUCUCCUAUCUGGGCAGACAAAGCGAGCCUCGCGAGAUCGCGCCACCCCUCGCUUGCGUGUUUUCUCUUGCGAAGCUCACUUCGCUUGCCUUAGUAGGAUAACUUGCUUGCAGGCUAAACAACAUCCGAAGGUUUAUUCAUGAGUGGAUGACAAUAUUAUUGUAUGAAAGGAAACUAUUGCAAAAAGCAUUUAGCUGACUGUAGGUAAAACAUGAUCAAUGCUAACAAUAACACUUGUUUUGAAACACUGGUAACAGUAAAAUAACUGAUAGCUUUCUCAACAGAGAAGCUGCUAUUUAUUAUUAACUCACCAAUCUCAAACUCCCUGGAAAAAGACCUCUGUAAGCAACCCCCGACUCUCUCGGACCCCAACUCUCUCAGAAAUUGCCUCCUUUUUGACACCCUCCCUUCCCCUCGGAAUUUCCGUUGCCCUUCGUGGGAGAUUAUGGAUAUUUUCUGCAACUACACAUUACACUUAACAAAGGGAGGCCGUAUGGGGAUAAAAGAGUUUUAAAAUUCUGCAAGCAAAGCAACCUUGUUAUAAAAAAGACAAAUGCAAAUCUCAUAUGGUGUUUCCCUUCAGAGUUCUCAUUGGCUACUGAUUCAGUAAACAGUACUACUGAUUUUUGUAACCAUUAUUUCUCAGGAUAACGUUCAUGUUAUGCUGUCUUUUUUUGUAGGAGUAAAAUGCUGGGAAAGGAAAAUGGUACAUGUCCAGUUGAAAGUUGUAUCAGAUUUCAACCAAGAUGUCCAUAUGAGAAAGCUUGACAGGGAUGGAAGGAACUAAUAACUUUCCAACUUCUGGUAGGUUCAACCCGGAAGCCCCAAUAAGCGUUACGCCAAGUAAAGGGAAUUUGGGGACCACACGAGGCAAAGAGAAAGUGUUUUGACCUCGGCAUGAUUCGCACCCACGAACGAUCUCCGAGUUGGAUAUGCUGUUGCUCUACUGAUUAUGCUGUGAACCGUACCUGGAGCAAGUCGUGGGUAAUUUGUGUAGCAGAUCGGAUAAAGGGUAGAAUGUGUAAUUAAGUAAACUUACAUACCUAAUACUGAUCUCAGUAUUAUCUGCCAUGUACAUUGUUAGUACUGUGUAGGAAAUGAUGCAACAGACAAUUAUCUCUGGAGUGAAAAAUUAUUGACUACUACAAAAAAUCCUUUAAACCCCAAUUAGUAUCUGUUUUAAAAAAAAAACACCAACACCAAUACAAUCAACUUUUCGUUAUUAUUUCAGAGUUCCUGUGGCUGCUAAACUGUGGGAAUUGAUAUCAAAGCUUCUGUUCCUGGGAGUUCUUAGCAGGAAUUUCACUCUCGGCAUCACCAAGUGA